GCGGAAGUUGUCUUGGGUGCUGUGCUGGGGUCUCCGCCGGGGGAAAGCUGUGGGCAGAGAGCCGGCAAGUCCGGCAGCGCACCAUGAGUUCCUAUCUCUGCCCGGAAGUCCCACCUAUCCUCUUCAGCUCUUUAUUAAAGAAAUCAGAAGUUGCCUUGGCAGAGACAUACCUUCACAGUGUACAAAAAGAUUAUCCCAUAACAUUGAACCGUUUAGGAAGAACUCAGAAUGCAGUGACCUAUGAUGAUGUGCAUGUUGACUUCACUCGGGAAGAGUGGGCUUUGCUGGAUUCCUCCCAGAAGAAUCUCUACAAAGAUGUGAUGCUGGAGACCUACAGGAAUCUCACUGCUAUAGGCUACAAUUCGGGAGACCAUUAUAUUGAAGAACCUUGUCAAACUUCUAGAAGAAAUGGAAGGCAUGAAGGAAAUCAUACUGGAGUGAAAUCCUGUGAAUAUACUCAAAGUGAUAAAGCCGUUGCAUAUGACAGUCAUCUUCAAAGACAUGAAAGAAUUCCUACUGGAGAAAAACGCAAUCAAUGUAGUCAGUGUGGUAAAGCCUUUGCACAUCACAGUUAUCUCCGAAUACAUAAAAGAACACACACUGGAGAGAAACCCUGUGAAUGUAAGCAAUGUGGUAAAACCUUUGCACAUCUCAGUAGUCUCCGAAGACAUAAAAUAACACAUACUGGAGAGAAACCCUACAGAUGUAAUCAAUGUGAUAAAGCCUUUUCACAACCCACUAGUCUCCAAAUACAUAUAAGAACACAUACUGGAGAGAAGCCCUAUGUAUGUUAUCAAUGUGGCAAAGCCUUUUCACAGCACAAUAGUCUCCGAGUACAUAAAAGAACGCAUACGGGAGAGAAACCCUACAAAUGUAAUGAAUGUGGUGAAGGCUUUGCACGCCACAGUCAUCUUCAAAAGCAUGAAAGAAUGCAUACUGGAGAGAAACCCUAUGAAUGUCUUCAACAUGAUGAAGCCUGUGCACAUUUCUAUACUCUUCAGCAUCAUGAAAGAAUUCAUACUGGAGAGAAACCCUAUGAAUGUACUCAAUGUGGUAAAACCUUUGCACAUAACAGGCAUCUCCGAAUGCAUAAAAGAACACAUUCUGGAGAGAAAACCUGCAAAUGUAAUCAGUGUGGUAAAGCCUUUGCACAUAAGAGUUAUCUCCGAAUGCAUAAAAGAACACAUUCUGGAGAGAAACCUUAUGAAUGCACUGAAUGUGGUAAAACCUUUGCAUAUCAUAGUUAUCUCCGAAUACAUGAAAGAACACAUACUGGAGAGAAACCCUACGAAUGUACUGAAUGUGGUAAAGCCUUUGCACGGCACACUAGUCUCCAAAUACAUAAAAAAACACAUACUGGAGAGAAACCAUAUGCAUGUAAUCAAUGUGAUAAAGCCUUUGCACAUCACAAUUACCUCCGAAUACAUAAAAGAACGCAUACUGGAGAGAAACCCUAUGAAUGUGCUCAAUGUAGUAAAACCUUUGCACAUCACAGUAGCCUUCAAAUACAUAAAAGAACACAUACUGGAGGAGAAUCUAUAAAUGCAAGCAAUGUAGUGAAGCCUUUGCAUGUAACAGUACUCUUUCAAGUCAUGGGAAAUAAUCAUGUUGGAGAGAAUCCCUAAACAUGUAGUCAGUGUGCAAAGUCUUGCACUUUGUGGUAUUCUUCAUUCAAGAGGAAAACCUUUAGUGUAUAAUCAAUCUUUUAAAGUCUUUGCACAUCACAGUUGUCAUUGAGAACCUGAAAAAACUCAUAUGAAAGGAUUUGGUAAAAUCUUUAGCCAGCAUUUUUAUGUUCAGUUAUACAAGAUUAUUUAUUCUGGAGAAAAAAAAAAGUCUGACAGUUGUCAACAGUCUGUUCAAGCUUAUGAUGUCCCUCUUUGUUUUGUUUGUACCUGUAAACUCAUAUGGACAAAAGCCUUAUGAAUUUAAAUAGUAAGGUAACCCUUUUAGAUUUUACACUUCGGUUCAGUAACAUGAAAUAGCUCAUGUAGGUGUAAACCUUAAUGGGUGUGAUUGUUCUGUGCCCUCCAAGUCUUCCAUUUUUCCUUUUUUGGGCCACUACAUGUAGCUUUCAGUGACAGCACCCUGAAGGCUCUCACUUUGUGGUCACCACAUGAGCCUUAGCUCCUCAGUCCCCCUCCUGCCAUCCCUGUAACUUGUCUGCCUGGUAGGAAUAAGGGUAUUCUAAAGAUAGAAAUAUCUUUUCUGUCUUCCCUGUUGGCUAGCAGCUAGUGAAACAGUGCACCCCUUGAGAUCCCCAUGAGUCUCACUCUGGGCAAAGACUGAGUCCUCCAGAAGAAAACUUCUCUGCUGAAGACACAUUUACCCCUUAUCUGAAUACCUUGCAUUAGAGAAAGCUGAGAAUUGGGAGGGAUUUAGGGAUGAAAAAAAAUCAUUAUAGGGCUUUGUUAGAUUUCUUAGUUGCCUUCCAAGGAUGAAUUGAUUACCUUAUAUCUUCAUAACUGUUCCAAACUCAUCAUACUGAAUAAAUACCAUGUUUUAAUAAUUCCGUCAUUUGCAUUUUUUCUAUUGUUUGCUUAUGUGAUUAUUUUAACAAAUAACCAUACUAUGAUUCCCUGUCUGGCCCGGAACUCACUCUGUAGACUAGGCUGUUUUAGGACAUCAGAGAGAUCUGUCCACAUUGCCUCCAGAGCAUCUGCAUUACAGAUGGGCACAUGCUGUGGUCCACAGGAUUGAUUAUACAGUGAGAGUACAGCUGACAAAAUCAUUAGGCUGACCCACCAGGAUCACCCGUUCCAGUGGAGUAAACCAAUUUGUAGAGCUUGGAGGAUACCUGACUUUUGAAUAGUCACUGCCAUUUCUGUAAAACCCUUGUGAAGCCAUAACUCUCUUUUCUGUAGUGGGACUCAUCCCCAAAAAAACCAGCAGUAUGUUAAUCAAUUAUUGGGCAUAACUUCAUCAUGUACUGUUGUACCGGAUGACUUUUCAUUUUUCUGUAUAAUAUUGAUAUAUAGAAUAUAAUGCCUUGUAUUCUUAAAAAGGCCCCAUAGAAAGGAAAUUUUCACUUGGGGGUUAGCCGGAAUAAAGCCACCACUUGGCCCAGAGGCUGAACAUGCCAAGCUCUGGAUUUUACAGUAAGUAACCGCAGUUUUCCUUUUGAUCUAUCCACCUUAGAUGUUAUCUCUAGGGCUGAGAGUGAACCUUUAAUCAGCGAUCGUUUAGGUGAAAAUGUUGAUGCUUCCCGCACGGUAAGCUGGCUACUGUGGUUACCACACUGCUAUAUUCCCAGCCACAGCCAGAGUGGAAGUGCUUAGUGCACAGCACUGCCGUGUUUUCUUCCCUUUUUUCUACAUUUAUCAAUCACAAACUUCUAGCUUAACUAACCACACAAAUGUAGUUAAAACCCAAACCCCCUCUCCCUCCUCUUAGAAAUCCCUUCCUCUGUUUACCCUUUUCAGAUAUGCCCAGGUGCUUCACAACCAUUUCCCUUCUGAGAUUAUAAAUAAGAUAACAGACAUCCACUUUGUCGCCUUAUCUGUCUUCUUGGCCCCGAAAAAUGCAUGCCUGGUAUCCUUGGUAGUGCCAGAGAAUUGUUAAUUGUUUCUGUGUGGGUGUAUAAACCUUGUGAGAUAGAGAAGAGUAAAUGGGACACGGUGAGAAGAGGGCCUGUGUGAGCUGACUCAUUCCUUUCACCCUCAGAUCCCAUUAGCCAACUCCUGCUUGCAAGUGCCCUGUCUGAGCUCUCCGGGGGCACAUCACAACUUGAUAUCCUAGUUCUCUUAAUUGUCUUAGUGAGGAUGAGUGACUGAGCCUAGAUGGUUUGGGUAGCCAGGACACAGGCUUUGGCCCUAACUCCAGUACCAGAAGAAGGCUCCCAUUAAAUGCACCCCUCCUACUUUAGAGUCCACUGUCUUCCAACUGUGAGCAAUGAUUUUCUUUAUCAUUGAAUCUGUUAUAACUCAGGGACUGGGGCAGAUUUUGAAAUCCAGGCUUACAGAUAUAAGAGCUUUCUGAAUACAGUUAAGUGUAACUGCUCAUUUCACUCAUCCUGUUACCCUAAUGACUCAGUAAAUGAAGUUGAAGCCACCUAAGCCAGGCAUGGUGGCACAGGCCUGUAACUAUGGUACUUAGAAAGUGGAGACAGGAAUUUCAGGAUUUCAAGUCAUUUAAGUUGAAAAUGGUGGGAGGCCCAAGAACUAAGGGAGACAAUGAUUAGUUCUAGCCAGUGUCCAUAGUCUUGACUGCAGCUCCAGAACUUCAGGGCCAUGGCACCAGCAAGCAUACACUGAGGUAUUUACACCCCAGGUUUUCUAAUUAUAAUGUUUCCUGUCCAAGGCAGCCCAGUUCACUUCAGGGUCAGACUCCUGUUGCUCCUUAAACAGUGGAAUUUUUCUCCAAGGGGAGGAAUUAGACUCAGGCAGGGAUGAGCUCCCCAAUUGCAGAUCCAAUGCAAUGUAUUCAGCCCUGAACCAUAUACAUACAACCAACAGAAAUAGACUCAGCAAGUUUUAUUCAUGUAUUUUUACAUGGAGAGAAGACAAGGGGGAAAGUGAUGUAAUAUAUUUUAAUCAAAAUGUAUAAAAUAUUUUUUAAUAAAAAAGUAGCUAGAGAGACAGCUUAGCAGUUAAGAGCCCUGGGUGUAGUGGAGGACACAGGUUCCAGUCCCAGAAACAACCUGGUUGCUAAAGAUGGUUACUCCAGUCCAAAGGUAUCUGGUGCCCUCUUCUCGCCUGUGUAGGUACUGUACACAGACACUGGUAGGCAAACACAUGUAUACAAACCACAAAAAUAAAGCUUAGAAACAGAAUUCUCUACAGUGAUGUCACAGCCCAAGACAGCAGGCAGAGCUAGUUAAAAUGAACUUCUUUUCGUACAUGUGGCCUUUCUCUGAGCCAGCCUGCUCAGAAGCAAAGGCUGAAACUAGAGUCGCCCAGCAGGAUUGUUCAUCUAAGAACAGCAUGCACAGUGCUUACAGGUGUGUUCCUUGAUGUUUUCUGUAUUUGUGUUCUCUGCCCUUUGUAUGUGUAAGAAUUA